GAAAUUGCCACCGAUUUUGAAGCCAUUGAAAAUUAUGAAAAAGAUUUAACAACCACACCUGAAGUUGAUAUCUCACUUAUAGCACCGGCCACAAACACAAAAACAAAUGUAACAAGUAUAAAUGAAAAUGAAACUAUGAUCGUACAAAAAACAUCAGUUCAUUCACCAGCUGCAACGACUUCAGCGGAAAAUUUCGAUUGGUUUAAAUAUUUUAAGAAACCCUUCGAACACACACAAGUAAAAAUUCCACAGAUUAAUAAAAAUCAAACAUUUCCCAUUGACAUUCGAAAUAGUACACCAUCAAAACAGUUGAAAAGUAAUGAAAAUAAAGGUCAAGAAGCCAGAGAGUACCCGAUUCGACUUGCCUUUUUGGACCCCAUCUUAUAUACUCUAAAUGUGACAACACAAACUCCUAAUCUCAAAGUAAAUUUAAGUUCGAGUCCUAAUAAUUCUAUUGUGUCUAAUUUAAGUAUUCAGAGCCUUAUAAAUUCACCGCCACUGACAAGCGCAGUGACGCAUAUUCCUGAAACAUUAAAUGCAACCGAAAAAUUCCCUAAUAAUCCAGGAAGUAUAACUAAAACACUCUCAAAUCGGUACAGCGAUACUACCACCAAUAAAGCAACCACUGAAGUCAGAACUCAAUGUAUUUUACGCAGUUGUGAUUUUCCACUCAUUUGUAAGAUUUUACUAUCAAGCUCCCAAGAUUCUGGAAGAUUACAUGUUGAGCAGGCGAGACAAUCCCUCUUCGAGGGAUCAGAGGUAGUUUUCAACUGUGCCGACGGUUAUGUUUUAGAAGGUGUCAACCGUACAACAUGCAAAACCAAUGGCUUGAGCCAUAAAAUUCCAAGUUGCAUUCCAUGCUGCGACGCAGACUUCAAAUUGAGCUGCACACCACCACUGAAAUGUGUCUAUGAGGAACCCAACAUUAGUACAAAACACGUCAUAACGAAUUAUUUUGCAGAUACUGUAGUUAGAGAACAUUUUAAACUUAGUUUCGAAUGCGCUGACGGUUAUCUCCUUGAAGGUUCGAAAAUAAGAAAAUGUACAGCGAAAGGCUGGUCAAAUGUGAUGCCUAGAUGUGUUAAUUAUUGCGAUGUAUUGGAUUUGGGAAUUCCGAAGUUCCCGCUUAAGUGUCAAAUGCUUGACUCAUUAACAGGACUUACAAAUGGCUGCCAAUAUUCACUCUGGCAGAGGAAAGUGAAAGAAGGCUCCUAUUUUGAAUAUAGCUGCGAAAAUGGAUACAAUCUGCAUGGAAUGAAUCGUUCAACCUGCUUGAAUAAUGGCUGGAAUAGUGACGCACCUUCAUGCAUUCCCUUGUGUGAUUUAAAACUUAUCCGUCCAUGUCAAUCUCCGUUAAUCUGUAAAGGAAACCAAAAGUGGCCUAGACCUCCUAGACCUUUGUUCAGCUUCGCCAACAUGUCUGACGUGGCCACCUUGGACUUAACUGAAGACUUAACUGUAGACUUUUCUUGUGAAGUUGGUUAUGAAUUAGUUGGUGCGAAGGUCAUCACAUGUUCAAAAGAUGGAUGGAGUCAUAGUAUUCCUACUUGCAAGAAAAGUGAAUGUGAUGAUAGUAUAUUGGACGACUGCACUUAUCCGUUGAUAUGUUGGCGGUAUUAUUUUGGGAUGAGAGAGUAUACAAGAAUCUACAAAGGAAGCGUGCAGAAAUUAUCCCAAAAUGAAAAACUAUUUAUUAGUUGUGAAAAUGACUAUCUUUUGUCAGGCAAUAAUUAUUUAACUUGUAAGGGAGGCAAAUGGAAUGGCACUAUGCCUAAAUGUAUCGAACCGUCAUGCAGAGCCGAUUUGUUACCUAAAUGUGAAAAUCCAAUGAUUUGCACUGCUUACUAUUAUAAUUCGGGGAGGGUGCAAGAAAUAAUUAAUAACUAUGGGGAAAGUUCUAAAACGUUUCCUACAAACACUAUGGUGGUUUUCAAUUGCACUGAUGGUCACGUGCUAAAUGGCGCCAAAACAGCAACCUGUAACAACCAUGGCUGGAAAUACGACGGCGAUAUUUACAACUCUGAAUGUCAACGAAUCUCUAACACUUGUGACAAAGGAAUACUGGAUAACUGCACUUAUCCACUAAUUUGUAAGAGAUCCUACACCGAGUUCGGGGAUUUUAAAAAAAUCCAAAGUGCGACCUCCCAAAAAUCAAUUUCUGAUGCGGAAGAAAUAAAAUUCAGAUGUGCUUAUGGUUAUGUGUUGGAUGGCAGAAACGCUUUAACUUGCAUGGGAGGCAAAUGGAAUGGCACUAUGCCUAAAUGUAUCGCACCGUCAUGCAGAGCCGAUUUGUUACCUAAAUGUGAACAUCCAAUGAUUUGCACUGCUUACUAUUAUAAUUCGGGGAGGCUGCAAGACAUAAUUAAUAACUAUGAGGAAAGUUCUAAAACGUUUCCUACAAACACUAUGGUGGUUUUCAAUUGCACUGAUGGCCACGUGCUAAAUGGUGCCAAAACAGCAACCUGUAGCAACCAUGGCUGGAAAUACGACGGCGAUAUUUACGACCCUGAAUGUCAACGAAUCUCUAACACUUGUGACAAAGGAAUACUGGAUAACUGCACUUAUCCACUAAUUUGUGAGAGUUUCGGCACCGAGUUCUGGUUUUUAUUCGAAAAUGCCACCUCCCAGGAAUCAAUUUCUGAUGCGGAAGAAAUAAAAUUCAGUUGUGAUUCUGGUUAUGUGUUGGAUGGCAGAAACACUUUAACUUGUAAGGGAGGCAAAUGGGAUGGCACUAUGCCUAAAUGUAUUGUACAUUCCUGCAGCGCUGAUUUACUACCCGAGUGCAAAUACCCAUUAACUUGCACGCGCUACGACUCCGAGUUCAAAUCCGAGCAGAUAAUAACUGAUAACAGUUUUAAUGAGUCUACAAAUUAUGCUCUAAAUACUAAGGUUGUUUACGGUUGUGCUGAAGGCUUAAAGUUGAAAGGCGAAGAGCAGACCACUUGUAGUUCAAACGGUUGGAGUCAUGUGCAAAGUCUUAAGCUACCGCAAUGCAUUUCUCCAUGUGAUCUCGAUAUUUUUAAAAGUUGCAAACCACCAUUAAUUUGUUAUUAUUUUGGACCGGAGAUGACGAAUUGGUUAACGGUAGACAACAGUUCCCUUAUAAAUUAUGUUGCUAUAAACUCAAUUGUAGGCUUCAAUUGUGAAGACGGUUUCAAGCUGCAAGGGUCUAGAUCUAUUUCUUGUGAUCCGGAGGGAUGGAAUGAACCUAUAUCUAAGUGCGUGAAAUAACACUUCUACAUUUAUAUAAUUAACAUACUUAUUUGUUGCGACUAAUAAAGAAAAGGAUCAUGAUUUAUGCAGAAA